CUCAGGAACAAAAACAGCCGCGCUGAGAAUGAGCCCCGUGUGGUUGGUGCGCGAGAACACGCACUGCCUGCGUAACUAGAGGAGCUGACGGACGACGCCCCCGCACCACGCCGCUCAGCGGCAUACGCUUCUUGGCGGACUUUGGAGUGGGAAGCGGGGAAUGUCUACGUGCGUAUGCACGCGGCACUCUCUGCCCGAGGUCCGGGGACUUUCCCCUAGGCAGAAAGGAGAGGAACAGAGUCCCCAGUGCGUAGCCUAGGAUACAGGCCUUCAGCACGAACUGCGUUUUCAGCCUCAUACGGUAUCACUUUAUAGCCUUAAAGAAAUUUUGUUUUUAGAUUAGGGUGAGAAAGUUGGUGGCGUGAGAUUAAAAAAACCGUUUUGGGGCAUAACUUUCUAAGACUAUAGGCUUUCAGUAGCAUUGUGGCUAGCAGAAUAGCUUAAUAGACAAGAAAUCGGCAAAUACAGGAAAGCUAGACUGACACUACCUUAUGCAAAUAUGGCCUGGCCCCACCCUACGGGGAGUGGGCGUGGCCCCCCGGAGUGGGCCUGCUCGCGUGCGCGUGCGCAUUGGGGCGGCCGGCCAAUGCCGGACCGCUUCGGCACCGCCCGCCCGAUCCCUCCACCCGUGGGCCGGCAAUGGCGGGCGCAGUUUCGCUCUUCGGUGUGGUGGGGCUGCUGCUUGUGUCUGCGCUGUCCGGGGUCCUAGGAGACCGCGCCAAUCCCGACCUCCGGGCACACCCAGGGAACGCAGCCCACCCCGGCUCUGGGGCCACGGAACCCCGGCGGCGACCACCGCUCAAGGAUCAACGCGAGCGGACCCGGGCCGGGGCGCUGCCUCUGGGGGCGCUGUACACCGCGGCCGUCGUGGCUUUUGUGCUGUACAAGUGUUUGCAGGGGAAAGAUGAAACUGCGGUUCCACACGAGGAGACAAGCAAGCAGCAGCCACUGCAGUCAGAACAACAGCUGGCCCAGUUGACACAACAGCUGGCCCAGACAGAGCAGCACCUGAACAACCUGAUGGCCCAGCUGGACCCCCUUUUUGAGCGUGUGACUACUCUAGCUGGAGCCCAGCAGGAGCUUCUGAACAUGAAGCUACGGACCAUCCACGAGCUGCUGCAAGAUAGCAAGCCGGACAAGGAUAUGGAGGCUUCAGAACCAGGUGAAGGCUUGGGAGGCGAGUCUGCUGGAGGUGGAGACAAAGUCUCUGAAACUGGAACAUUCCUGAUCUCUCCCCACACAGAGGCCAGCAGACCUCUUCCUGAGGACUUUUGUUUAAAGGAGGACGAGGAGGAGGUUGGUGACAGUCAGGCCUCGGAGGAGCCCACAAACUGGAGCUCAGAGACAUGGAACCUAGCAACUUCCUGGGAGGUGGAGCGGGGACUACGGAGAAGGUGCAGCCAGGCUGUGGCAAAGGGCCCCAGUCACAGCCUUGGCUGGGAAGGAGGGACGAUAGCUGAAGGUUGAGUAAAACAAAGUCUGUUUUCGUGA